AGCCCGCGCGUACCGGAACUUCCGCCUCACGAGAAUCCCGUUACACACACUUCCGGUUGUGAGACCAAAACACCGGAAGUGCAGCAAUUAGCAGUGAGAAGUGAGAACUCAGAACUGAGAAGUUCUUAGCAUUCAGGGGAUGUUUGCUAUGGAGCUGAUCAGCAGGAGGUCGCUCCUGUGCUUUCAACUUUUGCGGCGAGGACUCAGUUCAAAAGCAACAAGUAAUUCUGGUUCUUAUGAGAGUAAUAUCCAGCUGCCUGUUUGGAAGGAACGUCAUAAUGAGACACUCGAAAAUAAAAGAGCAAGAUUAGUGUACGAGAGCAGAAAGAGAGGAAUGCUUGAGAACUGUAUACUGCUCAGCCUGUUUGCAAAGAGAUAUUUAAACUCUAUGACAGACACUCAACUGGCGCAAUAUGAUCGUCUUAUCAAUGAACCUAGUAAUGACUGGGACAUCUACUACUGGGCUACAGGUGCUCAAGAGCCCCCGGAAGUGUUUAAUAAUGAAGUGAUGCAGAUGCUGAAAGAAUUUGCCAAAAACAGAGAGAUGGAGCAGCGCCUGAGACAACCGGACUUGGAGUACCUGGACCCAGCUCGUCUGCACAGCUUUAUGCCGGAGCCUGGAAAUCUCAGCCAUCGUUGCACAGGAUACCAGUCAAAUCUGCGGAAAAUGGUUUACUACUCACCCAGCUUGGAUAGGACAGAUAAUCCUGGCAUGGGGUUAAUGUGUCUGAACAACUACACUUCAAUGACCAACAGAGAUUUCAAACCUCUGCAGUACCUAAACGGGUGUGAGCCAAUUCCCCCUAUACAUCACCCAGCACAGAGUGGAUUCACGCUGAGUUAUGAAGUCAACAACCCCAAGUCCAGAGCUGUUAAAUCUGUUUGCUUUGACACAAGGGGUCAUGGUGCAAGUUCCAUCCCCGGGAUCAUCCCUAAGCACAAACCGUUCCUUUCAAUGACAUCAGGGAAGGGGUCGUCAGAAAGUGAAAAUUUUCAACAUGGACCAGCGUUUAUGUCUACAGAAUACAGAGGCAGAUUCACAGGACACAAGCAGCAGCAAGAAGGGUCUUUUCACUGCCCCAGCAUUGGAUGCACUGAGAAGUCAGCAUUCACUGAAGAAUCAGACCUUGAGCCCAUAACCUAUCAUCCUCCUUCACAAUACCGUGUGCCGAGAGGGGCUCAACGCACGACUGGACUAAGCAUAACUCACACAGACUUCAUAACCCUGACCACACCAAAGGGAAAUGAGCCGCUGCCCUCAUUGGCCAGAAAUUCAGAACAAGACAGCGGAUUCACCCGAGAGAAAGACGUAAUCAACACAAAUACUUUGUUUAGUAAUCAUGGGACUGAUGACCGAUUGAGACACAAGAUGGAUCUUUUGGGUCAUGUUUCUCUUGGUGAGAAGGAACUAUCUGGAUUCAGCCACAAUAAUGCUCCAUAUGUUCCCCCCAAGAAGGAUCCAGCCCAAUAUUAUCUGACCGACAAUAGCAUAAGAUUCAGUGACCCACUGGCUCAUGGGAAGGACAGAGAGGGAUGGACACGAGGAGGGAUUCAGAAACAACGUUACAGCGGGUUCGUCUCAAAUAAUAGAACCCUCGUGGGUAGGAUAUGAUCCUCAGAUUCCAGGAUAUAAGACAUAGACAUUAGCUGUCAUUGUUCUCCUCUCUCCACUAGCCACAAACAUUCACCAAAUGGAACCAGUUUUACAACCUUGGCGUUUUAUAGCCUAUCUUACAGCUUUUUAGUCUGUUGAUGGACCCUCCAGAGCAUUACUGUAGUGUUACCAAAUAUUGUAUCCGUCCUGUGAUAACAAUGCGAAGACCACUUAAUGCACAAUAAACAAACUGCAAAUCA